AGGAAAAGCGAGAACGCGUAUCAGAAGGUAAUGGGCGUGCAAAAUUACUUACUACACAAGAUUGAACGCUUAAAACCGGAAAGCAAAAAUUUCACGAAAAAGGUGAGCGGCCGGUAUAUUGCAUUAUUCACAAAUCCACACACUGCGCCAAAAGGUACAUUCAUGAAAAUGAAAACAUUCGUGUUCGAAACAUUCAAAAUGUAUGAUGAACUCAAUGAAACAGCAAAAAAUCCACGAUUUCGGAACUAUAUGAGGCGUGUCUUCGAUAACGCCGACGUAAAAAGAGCAUUUAAUCGAGCCGACCGAAUGAUUAAUCCAAAACAGUAG